AUGGUUUGCGUGAGGACCAUGACCAUUGAGCUGUUGUUUCACCACUACUCCAAACCCGGGAAUUUUCUGUUUCCCUUCUACAAUCAUGGACGAGCUCCGCCUACGGGGACUUGGGCUUCUGGGCUGAUCUCGCGGCAACACAUCGAGGCUAUUUACGCUACAGCCCCUUGGGAUAAUAUCAUAGUCCCAGUGAACCCGAUAUCGUUCACCAUGACUGGAUGGUAUCGUGAUAUGAGUCAUCGGUACCUGGAGCUUGAGUCCACUCAUCGACAAGCUCUGUGGGAAUCUACUCAUGCUUUCCCGAUUCCUCCGGCUCAACGGCGAUCUGAACGGUUCAUGCAGACAUUCUGGCGCCAACGAAAACAACGCCGUUCUCGCUUUGGAGCGCGUUGGAAGAACUUCUUGAAGAUGAUACUCAGCGGCAUGAUCGCUGGCCACUGCGAUCUCGACAUCUUGCUAGAUCCCUUCUUCCUCCACUAUCCGCGCCCACAUGAAGACCGAGUUUGGUAUCCAGGGUUAGGACACUCUAACGACCCAGCUGACUUGCUAGAGGCGUUGGACAUGGCAGACCAAGAGGAUCCUUGGCGCAACCAGUUCCGUAACGCCUAUUGGGAUCAUCCCGGAUCGCAGAUCCCUCGUCUGCAGGACAAGUUCAAACCUGCUCCAUCGUCUUAG